CAGGAGGGCUUUCUCCUCUGUCAUCCUUUAGCCAUGGCUGCAAAGGUUCCUCAGUGGCAGAGCUAUCUCCAAGUGAUUCUUUCCCGUGAGGGCCAGAGAGUGGAGUGUUUCCAGAAGGCAGAGAACAUACUGCUCAUUGUACUGGAGAGAGUCAAUGCCAUGGACCCUAGGUUUAUUGUGGAUUAUUCGCGAAAUCUGGAAGCCUUGGAAUUUGCACUCUCUGCUGCAGAAGAUGAAGUAACUAUGGAGGUUCCGUUGUGCAUUGAUGCUGAUGCUCUACUUGUGCAAGAGUGUUCAGGUGAACAGAGUGACUCUGAGAAAGUUACUCAUGGAAACUACCAGAUGCCAGGCUCUUGCUAUUUAGGAGUACCGAAGGAAGGACAUCACCUGGAAAAGUGGACCAAAGAAGAUGUGUUCAGUAUGGUAGGCAAUACUGAAUCCAGUGGGCACAUUGUGCCAGGCAAGAUCCUCCAGCUUUUGAAAAACCUGAUUGUUGCUGCUGUUGUUUAUUGCAAGCGUCAAUUCAUCAUCAAGCCAGGUGAACUCAGCGCAGAGAGGCUAAAGGAAGAUGACAUGCAACUUCCUUUGCUGAUAUCCAGUGGCUGGAAAAUGAUCUGCUUCAACAUUGUCCCUGUAGUGAGGAGAAAACAGAAUGCUCUGAAGAUCAACAACAAUUGGCAAGAAAGAGGUUUUCCACACGGCAACAUGUGGAAAGUCACUCAAGAGGCUGACUAUAUCCCUGCCAGUUACUAUCACUGGAGAUAUUCUACCAGUCGUCCCAUCCUGAAACUCCUUCAGAUUGUGAGCACCCUAAAGGGUUACUGUCUAGACAGUCUCCGCCUCCUUGACCAAAUCAACCAUGAAUACUGGAGAGAGGAAGACAAGUAUAAAGGGCUUAAUUUUCACCACUUAAAGGUGCCAAGACGCUCCCUCGCAGUUAUCUCACAGAAGAGGAAUGUUUUGACUUCAGCUUUUCCAGCCUUAGGAAACUUUCACUUUCUCAGCCUCAAGCGGCUUGUUUUGAGAACUAUGGGGGGAGGUUGGGCCUGCUGGGGUUUGUACCAUGUUCUAUGCUUGUCAUUUGUAACAAUACACGUGUACCAGCCUAGAUAUUGCAUCUGGGCCAGUGGACUAUAAUGGUUGACUUUUUCAGUAAAUCUUUUGAGAACAACGGGCUUUUGUCUGAUUGCAGAAGGUAGUCUGGAGUACAACUAUUAUUUAGCCACAGUUCUGACAGCUGCAAGGUUUGUUAGAUGACAGUUGUGUUAUUUCUUUUACUUUUUAUUUAUUUUACUGUGUUGUUUCUUUAUUGCUGGUUUUUAAUAAAGUAUUGACUGGAGUAACUUUGCAUAGGAUUGCACUGUCAGUCUGCUGUGUUUGAGCUUUUACUGUUUUUAUUACUUCUUGCUUUUAAUAUUAUAAGAUGAGUUCAGUUUCUUUAGUUUAUUGUACUUUAUCAUCUAUUUUUAUUGCAAGCCACCUUAGGUGAGGAGAAAGGAGGGGCACACAAUUGCCUAAAUACUGAAAGAUAUGUAAGGUGGAGGGACAAAAGACAUCAGAAUGUAAUGAUUAGUAGAACAUAGACAGGUUGAUAUAUUGCUCAGGCUUCAAAUUUCUCAGAGAAGCUGGCUCCACAGGUUAGGAAAGCAGCUUUGAAGUACCAAACUUGUGUUCCUUGUACUGUCUGUAUGGAUAUUUUGGACUAUUUUCUCUAUUAUUGUUGCAACUUCACACUUGCUAUUUUUACUCUGUCUCAACUUUCUAUCUUCAAAAGAUCCUAAGUAGUUGGCUGGUUUGUGUUACUGUUUUUUUAAAAUUCUUCAUCUGUUGUUUCUCCAAAGGAGAUAACAUAGAGUAGCCCAACAUGUUUUGCAAAAUCUGGAUGUGUGCCAUUAAGCUUACAGGCAUUUUACUUCUGUAGUUGUCAUACCUUGUAAUUCUUGCUGGCUGCAAUAUUCUAGGAAGAAUGCCAGUUUUCAAAUAAAAACAUUUUAGAUGUAUGUCUUUUUUUUGUUUGGCUUUGUUUGCAAGUUCUACUCUUAAUUGGCGUGAAACUAACAAAGCUUUCCUUAUUUGUUUUAAUUGCAUGAGCAGCUUGGUUUUGCUAUAAGCUCCUCUCUUGUAAUGCUUGUAUCUUGUUUCUCUUAUUAAAACUGCCUAAGAUAUAUUAAUAAAACAAUUAGUUUCAAAUGCACCAAGGACCACGCUAAUAGGUUGAAAGGCCCACCUCAUGGGAAUUAAUUUAGGGUUGGCAAAUUUUUGGAUAUGCAAACUCUGGAUGUAACCCUAUCAGUUUCUUGAUGGGAGGGAGGAGCCAAAAUAGUACCUACCUAGAGAAUCUCUCUCUAAAACCUACAAACAAUGGUGAUGGUGCUUCCUUGAUGAUGCUCUUGCUUGCCAUAUGAUGAGACCAAUGCAAUGAAGCAAUGGGACCAGAGCAGGUCACUGGCUGGAGGGGGGUGCAAAAUGACUAAGGCCAAGUAGAUCACAUAUAAGUGAUCUGGGGAGUUUUCUGCCUAAGAGGUACAUCUGGCAGUUCUGAAGUAUAAUUUUGCCAACUCAAAGGGCUUAUCCAAUCCUGUAUGCUUUAAUGCUCCAAGGCAGCCGCAGUACCAGUGCUCCCCAGAUAGUAGAUUACACACCCAGUUAGUCUCCUCUACCUCUCUUACAUGCAUCAUCCAUGCACUAUCAUAGAGAUUCUGCUCCCUAAUGAGAAAUAGUAAACCUAACCAUCUUUUCCUAUUAAAUGCUUGAAAGAUAGAUUUUAAUGUUACUCUCCAUUUGCCUUAGCAACUGU